UUCUGUACAGGUGACAAACUUCUAUUUCUUCCUUAUGAAUUUCUUCUUAUCUUAAAGAACCUCCUGCACUCAGGACUACCAAGACAACACAGUCUACUUUGCUACAAGUAUGUUGUUGUGGAAAGAGCUAGUCCGAACGGUGUGUUUUUUAAUCUGAUGACCAUGGAGAAAGUCAAUUGAGGAAACAUAAGUGUGUGAUAGAAAGCAAUAAAGUGAUCUUGAAAUAUCUGAGACAGAAUACUUUUGCUCACACAAGGAGCUUGAGAUUUCUUUGCCUCUCAAAACUGCAAUAACAGGGAAGGUUAUUUGGUUUUCCCUAGCUCCAAUUAUCUGUCUCUCUUAAGGAGGUGGAAAUGAAGUAGUUAGAUUUUUAGUUAUGACUUCUUUAAAUCAAGAGAAAACAUUGAUUAAAAAACACUGUGGACAUUGAAUCUAUAUGAAAAAUGAAAGAAGAAAUACCUAUACCAAAGAACCUGCUCGAUCAUUUUUGCUUCUGCAUAACUUUAAAGGAAGAAAAAAAAAAUCCAAAUCAAACCAAAACCUUAGAAGAAGGUUGGAAGAUGGAAAACUAAAGCAGUCAGUGUCUUCUUAGAAAGCAAUGGGUCCCAGAAGAUCCUUGACAACACCAAGUAAUUGAGCCUGAAAUUCACAGUCAGAUUCCUGGGACUCUGCCUGAACAUGACAAGAUCAUGAAUGAAACUGCAGUUUGUCUUGGAACAUUCACUGCUGUGAAGACACUUUGGGAAGUAAGAAUACACAAGAUAAAUGAAGAAAUACAGAAGGAAAAGGAAUUCAGGCAGAGGUCUGCAGGAAGGCUACUACUUGUUUGGGAGGAGAGAGCUGCUUUAGCAAAGCUCAAAGAAAAGGUUAUUAAUGAAGAUGGGAGAGCAAUUUUAAGGAUAGAGGAAGAAGAAUGGAAGACACUACCUUCGUGCUUAUUGAAACUAGCCCAUCUCCAGGAGUGGCAGCUUCAUAGAACUAGUUUGCAGAAAAUUCCUCACUUCAUUGGAAGAUUUCACAGUCUUCUUGUUCUGGAUCUGUCCCGGAACUCCAUUGAGAGUGUACCUAAAGAAAUUGGCCAGCUGACUAGCCUCCAAGAGCUGCUUCUCAGUUACAAUAGAAUCAAAUCUGUUCCUAAGGAAAUAAGUAACUGCGUCAAUCUGGAAAGACUGGAACUGGCUGUCAACAGGAGUAUCUGUGACCUUCCUCCUCAGCUCAGUGAUUUAAAGAAGCUUUCGCACAUAGAUUUGUGCAUGAACCAGUUUACAAGCAUCCCUUCAGCCCUCCUCAACAUGCCAAAUCUAGAAUGGUUAGAUAUGGGGGGGAAUAAACUCCAGGAGCUUCCUGAUGCGAUUGACAGAAUGGAAAAUCUCCACACUUUAUGGCUCCAAAGGAAUGAGAUAACCUCUUUGCCAAAAACCAUCGGUAAUAUGAAAAAUCUUAGUACCCUUGUUCUUAGCAACAACAAACUUACGAAUAUUCCAGCUUGUAUGAAGGACAUGACAAGUCUGAGAUUUGUCAACUUCAGGGACAACCCCCUGGAGUUAGAGGUAACACUCCCUCCGUGUGAGAAUGCAGAAGAGGAGGAGCAACAGGAAAUGUUCGGCCUUGAAUUCAUGCACAUGUAUAUCCAGGAGUCGCUCAAGAAAACAGGAAAUGUGGAAAGCAGUACUUCUGGUCCUUCCCCUGUCAUGAAUGCUACUGAAUAAAGAAUGUAACUGUGAAUGGAAGAAAACACCAAGCAUACUUAUUGCUAGCAAAGAGGCGUACAGCAGGUUUCAAAUAUUCCUGGGGAUUUUAUUUUUCCACUGAUGAGAACUGGUUUUGCAUACCUGGAAUUCCCACUCACACUGGGAAAUAAAAGACCUUUUCCUUGCACAGGAAAGACUAAAACUUUUCUCUUUUUCUUCUGUAAGCAAUGAAUUAGCUUUGUAAAAAUCCAGGUAAGUUUUAUAGUUGCUUUUGUGGUUGGUCCCCCCCCCCAAUUCCAAAUCUAUGUUCUGUCAUGUAGUUGGCUCUGGUAUCAGAGAUGGACUUGGGACAGCUGUCAACAGGACAUUCUCCAAGGACACGGCCGCCUCUAUGUAAUACUGUAGCACAGCCUUGUAUCCUCGUUGUUGUAAAUACUCGAUCCGUCCAUGAUCAAUGAGCCGCUUACAGAGGCAGCCUAUCUCCUUCCGUUCUUCAACUGUAAGUAUCCUGGUUUCAUAAAAAGGAGGAAAAGAACAAUCAGGUGUGUCAGAAGAACAGUUUUGUUAAUUCACAUCAGGAGGUAAGCUUAGAAAAACUGUUUACAACACUAGAAGUUCAUUUCAAUUCAAAAUGAAAGGUUUUGAGAAGUACGUCCACGAAAACAGUAUUUUUAAAGUAAAAUAUUUCUAUCAAUUGAAAAGUUUCUGUAAAAUGAGGCAUUUUGAAGACCCCAAAGGGUUUCAUAUCUCACUAUACACAAUGUUCAUUUUCUGCAGGAGUCAAUUUGCUAGAAAACGAUUUCCAUACCCUUGUAAAGUAUCAGGACCACUCUGCAUCUUGCUGAAUGUUUGCUCAUGUUCUUCUGUGUGGUUAGUUUGCUCUUCACUUUCUUCACUCGCAGAGCCUUUGGUUGUGGUUUCUCGCAUGCCACAAGUGGCCCAGCUACUCAUUCUCUGAAAAUAAUGAAAUUCUACUGGUCCAAGUCCUACUGAUUUAAAGAACUCUCUGCCUACGUAAUGUGUCCAGUCACACUUGUGAUGGCAACACAGCGCAAUAACAAUUCCAGCUACAGGCUUACAGUCAGCUUUGCCGCUUUCAUUAUCAGCAGGAUUGUUGGAAGCCACCUCUGUCUCAUCAGUCCUCGAGCGUUUUGGUGCAGGCUCGUUUUCUGCAUCGCAGCAAGUUGUAUAACUUUCAACCAAGCAUCUCAAAGCAAGAUCUGGGAAAAAAAGAGAUACACCCCCCCAAAAAACCAGCACUGAAUGCCAUGACACUAUUUAUACAGCCUGCAUCCUGGUUGAGAAUGUACUUACCACAGAGAACAAACGCAAACAAACUAAGCCAAAAAGCAAUUUGAAAGAGAAAUAAAAAUUACAAGUAUGCUUUGAAAACAUGAAACCCCUAAAUGCUAAAUUAAUAUUGUGAUACCUCUGGAGCUACUAAGGGCCUAUUGUCUUGAAUAUUUGUGCCACACACGUGGAUUUGAACUACUUUGGUUAACAAAGUGGCAUAUUGUGGGAGGAUCGCCUGUAAAACAUGCAAGUAUUUGCUCUAAAAGUUUGCUAUCAACCUAUUUAAUAUGUACAUGUACUUCUUAAAUGCUCGACUGUGUCAUCUUUGUCACAGUACCUAUGUA